GCUCUUCAUUGAAAUUCUCGUCCUCUCCCCAUUUAGAGAAUUAACACAUUGGAAAAUUUAGUCUGUCCACCUGUGAUAACCUGCAGGCUGCUAGUUGCUUGCAAGAUGGCAGUAUAAAUGUGAUUCCUUUGUGAGAUAGAGUUUAAAGUAUUCUAUGCGAGAAGAAUCAUCCUUGAUACCAGGGUGCUGCUUUAGGAGCCAACCUAACAUGGUACUGUAAAUCCUUGUACUUGUGCUCACCACAUAUCAUCUACAAGCUAUCCUAAUUAGCUUUAGGAAAAAUGUAUGUUCCAAACUGUUGGUUCAUCUACAAGCUUCUCUCAAAUGGUGACAUUUCAAGGGGCCUGUAAUUUAUUUGUUUGCUUAUUGAUAAAUUCUGAUAUGUGAGGAAACUAAACCAAAUGCACAGCAAACCUGACCAUAACUAAGUACGCACGAAGCAGGUGGAAGGUGAGAUUUCAGGUUUCCAUGGCAGCAUAUAUCAAGAUGGCUGUUGUUUUGGGAUGAUGUAGUGUGGUACAAACCAACUGAUGUUUCAGAAAUGCUUAAGCUCCUUCAGGGAUCAGUAAUGGUCAUGCUGUGAAGCUAGAUAUUUAUUCUGGAUUCAUGUUAUUGUGGCAGCCUGUAUUUAGUAUCAGUUUUCAAUGUUAUGAAAUUGUGUUUUAGCAUAUUAUAUUUCUUGUGUUCUUGUAUAGUUACUUUAGAUAACUUUGAUUAUUUGAAGAUGCUUUAAGCAUAGUACUUGGAUUCUUGUCUCAAGAAUUCAUAUUCUCUUGUUGCUGAUCUUUUUGUGGGAGGGAGUAAAAGUUGUAAAUAUGAUAAUAUCUUGAAUCUUCAGACUUAUUGCUUGUGGAUAAAUUAAAAGUGGAGAAGACCUAGGCACAGGUGGGAGGAUAAUAUAGGGAAAUGUGGUUGUGGGUUAGAUUCGUCUGACAUCAGGAUAAGGACGAAUGAUGCGAUUUUGUGAACACAGUAAUGAACAUUUCUUGACUAGCUGAAAAUAUUGGUUUCUCAAGGGCUCUGAAAUCAGUUAGGCACAUUUAUGUGGCUUUGAGUGUCAGUUGUUACGAAGUGGAAUAUAAAAUAUCUAUAAUGGAUAUACGUUUAAUGUGGAACAUAGCAUGCAAAAUGCAUGUACAUACGUUAGUAUUUUACCGUUCGCCAGUACAAACUGGCUUUUUUUGUUGUAUAGUUUGAGUUGCUCUGUAUUGUAGAGCGAGUGAGGCUCUUUUCAUGAUCUUUGCAUUACUAAGCUUGUUUUUUGUAGGACCUUUGCCUUACGCUUUCACUGAAAUAGACCAUAUUGCUAGUGGUGACACCUAUAUGGAGGAAAUGUUUUUGUGGUUCCCGCGUUAAAAGUUAUGUCUGAGAAGUACGAGCAAGUAUGUAAAGGUGCUAUUGCCACUUAUUUGCAUUAGGGAAAUUUAUUUUUUUAUAUAAAUGCUAAUUGUUAUGACUAUGAUGGUUUAGUAAACUAGUUUGAACAAUUGUGUUCACAGACAUAUUUUCGUAAUUUAGUGUAGAAUGCCGCGGAGUUGAAAUUUGAGCCCACUUUAUGUGCUUUUGUAUUCUGUGUGUUAUGAUAAUUAAAGAUGGCACAGUUGCGCGUAAUUCCAGUAAUUUAGUUAUUGUUCGGUGAUGCUUGUUAUGUCACUUCAAGUUGUAAAUGCAUUGCUGUGGCUACGUACAUAAUUCUGUUAACGCCAUUUACACGUUUGUACAGGUUUAAUUGGUUGCUGAGCAUUGUGAGAGACACCAUCCAUAAUGGUCACAAUUGGAGUGGAUCACUCUGUGCUUGAUCGAAGUUUUAUGAUACUGGAAAAUGAGCACGCACUAACAGAAGACAAGGUUGCAGCAUGUACUGAACUUGAAGGGUAUUUUAGCCAUCUCGUUAGGAACAAGACAGAUUUAUUACCGUCGACAUUUAACGUUCAUGGUGAGAAGCUGAUUAGGACAUUGUUGCAGUGUCUUGAGAAGGACAACAGUAAGUUAAGGACUUCAGUGCUGUUGGUCUUAAAGCCUGCAGUACAGUUGUUACCAAAGCGUCUGGGUAUGGGACUGCAGCUGGCCUCACAGUGCUAUUCAAUAUUGCUGAAGAUAUCUCGAGCAACUGAAGAAAAUGUGAAGCCUUCUUGUAAGAGUCGCGCGCUGGUCGAGUUGUUCCAGUGCUUGGUCAUAUUUGAUGAUCCUCAGUUUCUUGAUGCUGUUGUGACUGCCACUGUAAGAUAUUCGGACCAUAAGGAACUGAUUGAAAAAUGUGUAAAUGUCAGUGGAGAAACUGUUGAUAGCAGUUGGAACAAGCAACAAGAUAGUGUUUCCUGGAUGUCAGCUCUAAGAUUGGAGGCUUUGUGUUUUGCAAAAAGACUGAUGCGAGUCUGUGGUUCGCUGCUGCGUGAACAGUUUGAGAAAGAUCUUGGCUUCUGGCUGGAAAUCCUUUUGCCUUCAGUGUUUGUAUUUCAUGAAGUGUACAGUUGCACUUAUCAGAAGGAAGCCGAUACAGAUACCAGGAAAGCGGGCUUAGAAGCGCUGGGGACCCUUCUGGUGCUCGUACCAAAAGAUUGGCAGCUGAAACUUGAGAAGUGGCCAAAGAUAAAGAAAGACAUCAAGGACAGUUACUCAGAUAAGAUGGUGAAACUUGUGGGUGUUGCUGAUGAUUGGGCAUCGAUAUGGUGUUUGGUGUUGGAUGUUUUGGGUGCAGAGCUCAUUAAAAAAGGCAACAAUCAUCUUAUCAACAAACUAUUGAAUGUGGAAGAGAAGGCAUUCAAAUCUGACAGAUUGGACGUUCGUGUCCAGGCAUUUGUUUGCUGGCGACACCUCAUCGACAGACUUCUGCCAUCCAGUACUGAGGUUCCACACGAUGCGGUACCGCGCUCUGUCCGUCUGCUUGUGCAGCCUUUACAACCAAAUAAUGCCAAGACAGAUGUCAUGUCUCGUCAGAAAUUAAAUACUUGGUGGCAUCUCGUCCAACGUCUUGAAAACUGCAUCGAAUACCAUCGGAAAAGCGUUCUCGUUCCUUUUCUUGUUUACUGUUUUGGUUGUGCCAAGUCGAAGGAACUUCCCCCAGGCAAGAAGUUUGCAGUUCUCCACAUACCUUGUGCUGAAGCUCUGGCAAAUAUCUUGGAUCAUGAGCCUGCCAAGCAGCAAACUUCUGAGAGGCAAAAGGACAAUAAGGAUGUAGAAGAGGACUUUAUCCACCCCUGUAAAGUUCCAUUGCUGACCAAGCCUGCAGUGUUCUUGGAUGUGUCAGACGAGUUACUGUACGCUGUUGGAGAGUGUGCUGUAAUUCUGUCGAGCAGAAGCGAGGUAGAGAGGUGCUCGCAACUUCUUUGCAGGAUCUGGAACUCCUUCCUGAGACACGUCGCGGUUGUUAUGGACGAUGUUGAAAUCCCAGGUGAGAAAGUGGUGAAACUGAUUCAGGAUUUGCUACGGCUGCUGCAGAAUUUGACUGAGCGUGCCAGCUCUACGGCUCCCGCUUUGGCUACAAACUGUAUUGGCCUUUUUCUCGAGGGAUUGGUGAUGGGGCCUUACGCCCUUCCACCUGCCGUUCUUGCCUCGCCCACAUACUAUGUGGGUACGACCCAACUCAUGACGGGAACAGCGGCUUUGUUCUUGAUAGAGUUGAUGGUAUCGCGACCUCUUCUUCAAUCUGCAGUGUCACAUGCUCGAUAUAUCCCAGUUCUAAAGGCCGUAUUGGAUGUUGGUAUCAGUCAUCACAAUGUUUUGGAGUUCACGCAGUCUGUGAUGAAACAGUUGGAAACAGUUACAAGUUCUUACUACAACAUUAACAGUGAAGAGGAAGCGUCUCUGUGUACUGUGUGGGGUAUCAUUGCAGCUGCACUUACCAUCUGUUUGAAGGAUCAGAACCACGUGAAUCAAGGAAAUGAGAAGCAUCACGACCUCAGCUGCUUUUAUCUCGUUGUGCUCUUCCCAUUCUAUCACUUUUACAGCAUCACUUACAAGCAGGCUAUGGAAAUAUUGCCCAUGUGGCUGGAGCUUUACAAAUCUUUCCACAAAGCUGCCAUUUGCAACGUUCCAACGCUGGACAUAAAUGAAGUGUGUGAGACUGUGGCUAUGAAAAUUUGUCAAGCUUUGGUUAAACACUGCCCCACGUCUUCAAAUGAGGCUGUGCCACUACUCAAAGCUGUACAGAAUAUCAUCAUGAUGAUACCGUAUGGUGAUAUAUGCGGAACUCGGCAAUCGUCGAAAAGCAAGUCCAGAUAUCUUCUCCUACCAGACAGAGGAUGUGUGUCCAAACCAACAAACUACAUUACAAAUGCAAUGAAUCUUGUGGUGAAGGUUUCCCAUUUGUUUUCUGUAUUUGAACGCUCAGGUGAAUGGUACAACACUGUGGGUGCACUCAUAAUGAGCUGCUUGGAGACACUUUUUAAGAACAUGAAGGCAGCCAGUGUUACAGCUGCUAUUCCAAUGGUGGCUAGUCUGUCAAAUUCCAUUCUUUCUUUUCUACAAGUGAACCCACUUCAGGAUGGAAGUACAAAAUUUUGGCACGAAUCGUUGCAUCGAAUGUGGAAAUGUUAUUUCACUUUUAUCGAGACUUACUUGCCUCAGAAAUCAGUCAAAGACUUUCUUGGUUGGAUGUCAGCAUUGCUGGAAGCUGGCUUCAGGCAUCCUGUCGAAGAAAUUAGACACGUAACCACAAAGUUCUGGGAUAAUGUAGUUAUUCCAGCAUUUGCUAAAGACAAUACUAACGUACCACAAGUUCUUAAGGAAGCAAGGAAAAACUACUCAGGCAAAAGUGGGCAGAUACCAAACAUAUUCUGUAUUGUAUCUGAUGAUGUCAGUGAUACCUUUAGCCAACUGGAUGCUAAGGGAAAGCCCCUUGACUCGGUUCCUGAUGCAAUCUUUGUCUUACCCGAAGAAACUGAAAAGCCAAGUAAACGCCGCCAGUCCUUACUUCGGCAGUUACGGGAUGAGGGUCGUAUUCUGACAAAACACCAGAAAGAAGUAUUCAGACGCAGGAAAGAUGACAUUCCUGCCCUGUACAAUAGCACAAUCCAGCCUGUGCAGGAAGACUCGCUUAUAUCCGAGAGUUCCCAAGACACGUCUGACUUUGCUGCUCCCCAGCGAGUAAUUGAGCCACUGAGAAAUGACGCAAUUGCUUUAGAAGCCAAAGAACUUCUAAUUGCUUCUUCAUUGAAAGUGCUGGAACCACCCAGUUCAUUACAAAGAUUGGCAGAGUACCGCAAAAAGAUGAUGAUUGAUCAUGAAGGCUCUAUUGUGUUAGCUUCUAUCAGUGGUAAUAACUCUCCUGUAAGUGCAGAUAUACCCAAGCAGCCAGUUUUAUCUCAUGAAAUUCUUGACACCCAAGUCCAGGCAGAAUCAGAGCCUCCUAAUUCUCCAUUGUCUCUUACACUUUUAUCUGAUCAUUGUGAACCAACAACACUACCUUCAAAUGGCAGGAAACUGAACUUGGAGUUUGUUGCUGUUCGUUUGCCAACUUCUAUCUUAGUACCAAGCAAGGAUACGCCAGAACUUGCUGAAUCAGAGCUAGUUCAUGAGCAAGAUAUUUCAGUCAAUCCUGAAGUGGCAAUCAGGGUGUCAAUUUCAACCCCAGCUCCUACGUCUGUUGCCAGUGGUGGAAUUGAUGCCCCUGUUUCAUUUCCACUGGAGGAGCCGGCGGUGUGCCAAGAUGUAAUUAUGAGGAGCAGUAAGCAGGGUCACCCAGACUCUCAUAAUAUACUUGCUUCUCCCGUGGAGUUGCAGGAAAUACUGGAAUUGCCAACCGCAUCGCUGGCGGUCUUGACAGACAAAAAUAUGUCUCCCAGGGCUUCUGAUAUUACUAACAUAGUUCCAGGUUCCAGUAAUCCAUUGCUAAUAGAAGCAUCAAAUAAGAACAAGACAGGAUGUGUUCAGAAAGUUGACCAUUCCACCAAGUCUUCCACAAGAAAACCAGUUGUAGUCAACACUGACAAUCCUCUUACAAAUUACUUUAAGCCUGUGUCUAUUACACUUACUGCAGAUGAUGAUGAAGUCGACAGCAGGAAGGGCAGUGCUCGGACGAUUCAUCUGAGUUUAGAGACUUUAGAUAAUAAUGUGACCACAUCUGUUAUUGCUGAACCUUGCCUGCAUAAUCCUGAGACACCAUAUGAAUCGCAACAAAUUCUUCCUAAGCUCGCAGAGGUCGUGGAAGACAGCCAUGUCACUUCUGUGUCCAUUGUAGAAGCAUCAGUGGGCACACAGAGCAGUGAUGUAGAAUGUGAAGUCUCUGACUGGAGAAAGACAUUAAGUCCUGUGAAGGUAGUUGUAGAGAAAGUUGAAGAUUUCAUUUUAACCAAAACGUUUUCAGCUUUGGAAACCACGCCACCUUUAAACAUAGAGCAUGAUAAGGAAUUGCCUUUAAAUGAGGUUAGUAGCAGCAGUCGCCGUAAGAUCAAGAGCCCUCUAAAGAGAAAUCCUGGGGAUCCUAAACUGCCUCCUUUCAAGGGUAAGAGUAAGAUAGCACAGCAGAUGGAAACAAAAGUACAGCAUAAGGAAGCAAUACCUGAAGCCAGACUUUCUAAAUCAGGUAGCAAAUAUGUCAAAAGGAAAGACGGUAAGAAGCCCAAGGCAUUAAAACGCUCGUCUCGAAGCCGUAGUGCCUCUAAGCGUGGUACUGAUGACAAUGUGACAAAAGUGACUGUGGAAGAGGCCAUUACAGGUCCAGAAACUGCUUCUGUUGACAAUCCAAGUCCUUCUUUAUUACCAGUCGCUUCUGGAAGGUCACAGUCAGUGGUCAAGAAAACCAGAUCUAGGAAAACUCAUAAUAAGGUAAAUGAAAAUGUUGUGGCCAUGCCUCAGAAUCGUGAAAUCUCAUCGUUGCCAACUAUUGAAAGUCAACAGAAAUUGAAAAUUUUGAAAUCUGUGGAAGCUAACAAGUGUAACAGCAAGUCUCGUGAAUCAUCUAGCAUUAAAGAUUUAAAUGAUAGCUCGCAAGUUAUGACUUCUAGUAAUGAGUCAUCACUAGCCCAUGAUAAGAAACAGGCCUUUAAUGUAGAAAUUGACAGACAAAACAGUCAUAGACCCUCAAAAGCAAGAGUGAGAAAAGUUGCUGGAUGUAAUUGUAAUUCGGUGAGUAAUGAAGCAGUAGAUGUGAAAGUCAUUACUGAGCCUAUGAAACCAUGUGCAAAAUUGGAGGAGAAAGUCAUUAAAGAAAAUUUUUCUGGUAGUAAAGUGCCCUCUAAAUUAACUAACAGAGAAUCUUUGAAAUCAAAAACUGAAGCUCCUGUAAAGGACGUGAAGUUUACCAAGCAAAACAUUUCAGAGAGCGAUGACACUUUAUCUAAGAAGGUACUGGCAACUGAUACAGAAAUAUGUGAACCAAGUGUGGUGAAUAAUAUAGAGACCUUCCAAAAAGUGCAUAAUGAAAUGCUGACAGAUAAUAUAAAACCCUGUGAUCCAAAUCCUUUUAACACUGAUGAGCUCUUGGCCAUUGGAAUAAAAAAUGAAACUUUACCAUGUUUGGAAACAUUUGAACCUGAGUCCUCAGGUUUAGGAAUAGAGAAUGAAAAUGUACUCUGUUUAGAAACAUCAACUGAAACAAGGACCAGUAAAGAAGAUCCAUAUAACCUGAGAAAGGGGGGACAAGAUGAUGUUGAUGAAAUCGCUUCUGAAAGCAAUGAUUCACAUAAACAUAGUGGAUGUGUGGCUGAUGAUGUUAGAAGUGGCAAAAGAAGUGUUAAGUCUGUGUUUCCGAAGGUAAAGGUUGUAAAUUAUACUCCUGUUCUUGAGACAUCUGUAUUACAGCCAAAAGAGGAAAUAAUUAUUAGUUCCAAUGAUACAAAUUUAAAACCAUCUGCAAGGUUUGGAAACUUCACGUCCAAAUUGAAGAGUGCCGUGACGCUACUCGGAAGCAGUGGAAAAGAAAUUGACCAGGACAAGCCUGCAGACGUAGCAGGUGAAACUGCUUGCAGUUUGAAGAUGGGUGGCGCACUUUCUCUGUUGACAUCUGGUACUGAAACAUUUGAGUUGCAUAAUACUGAAGUGGAACAUGAGGAAGAAAAUAGCGAGAGGACUCAACAUAAUCACAGUCUGAUUCAUAUUGAGCAUGUGUCAUCAGAGAGGAGAAAGAGAAAAUUUGAUGAAACGGGGUUGAAGGAUGAUUUAAAUGCAGUCCAGAUGUCAAUUAAAAGAUCUGCUUCAUCUCAUCAUCAGAGUGCUUUGCGUACUUCAAUAAUUGAAGAAGACUUGGUUCCUUUACUCAGAAAGGAUGUAAAGAGCAGCCUGUCAAAAAAUCCUGAAAUGUUGGUAGCUUCACCAGUAACGGCCGCAGCAGGGGAGAUCACUGUUCUCGGUGUGACAGGAACAGCUGCAUUAUUAACUUCAACAGAAGCAUCAGCAGUAACUUCACCUAUGUUGACAGAUGUAUUGCCAGCUGUCUGUUCCAGUGAGGAAGGUAUUCUUCCAGCAAAAAGCCAAAUUCUUCCAGAACUUAUAAAAUCACUUUCUGAUAAAAGCAUAGAAAAGGGGAUGUCUGUACAAUCCUUUGAAAAUGAAGACUUUUCCAUAUCAGUGAAUGCAAGUACAGAUGGUUUUCACAAAGAGAAGGUAACUAGCCAUGAGAAGAUGGUAACAAGACAGAGGUCACGAUGUUCAGCUUUUAAUGUAAAGACACCGUGUGAUAUUCAGUCAUCACGCGAGCUUUGUUCUUCUGCAACCAGGCUGGAUGAAGAUAUCAAAACCGUGGUUGGUUAUGACACUGCAGGUUCCGGUUUAAAACACACGUCAAGCUCUCAAAAGCCGAUGAAGGUGACUGUUCCUUAUCUAAAUACACGUGAAAGUAUGAACAGCAAAUUUGAGGCUUCAGAAUGUUCAGAAGAAUUAGACGUUCAGACAAGUAAGACAGUGAGCAAUGUGGUUACAUUGUCACAAAAAGAAAUAUUUACAGAAAGUAGCAUGAGCAAACUAGAUUUGAAGACUUCUCUACGGUGUGAAGAAACAUCUUUUUCUGAAUCAGAGGUAACUCUGCCAUGCUUUGAAACAGAGAACACUAGUACUGGGUCACAAGAAGUACAGACUGAGUUCCAGAAAGUUGCAGACUCUGAGGAUGUUAUUGAAAGUUCUCAGGAUUUAAGUGCUUCAUCGCUCAUAGCUUCUAGGUUUCCGCUUAUGCACAAAUGUAGUGUGUCUGUUUGUAGAAUUGAUACUACUUUAGAUCCUGGUGUUGAGGUUAAUAUAUCUCAGGGUGACCAGAAACUGGUGGUUCUUAUGCCUGAACACUGUAAUUCUCCCUUUAAAGUAUAUACUCCUGGCAGCAAAACACCAACAGGUAUGCAGGAGGAAAAGUCUGCAACGGCCAAAAGUGAAAUGGAAGAAACUUAUCGCCUGAAACUUCUUCCUGCUACUCGGACUCUGUAUGGUAACUCUUCUGAUAUUAAUCAGAUGGAUUCAGUACAGGACAAGCCAAGUAUACCAUUAGGUAGCAAUUCUUCAGUAGGUGACAGCAUGAAAGAAUCUGCCAACAAGGUCAGUGUGGAUAGUGUCUCAACUUCUGGAGAUGAUACUCCAAAACCAAGAUCUGAAAAAGAGACUAUUACAUCAAAAUGCGAAGGUAAUAUUUCGAGUGUUGCCAAAACAGAUACUACAGAAUCCAAGGGAAGUGUUCCAGUUGUUACGGCAGAUUAUGUUUCAGAAUCCAGGUCUAAUGAACAGAUAAGAGUGUCAGAUGUGGUUAUGAAUGUUGGUCCUCGUAAACAUAGGCCACGAAGGUAUAAUACAUUGAAAUCUGAGGGUGGUGUUCCGCUUGUAGUAGAUGACACAUCAUAUCUCAGAUUUAAGCAUCAGAGCAAGUCCGAAUCUGACGAAAGUAUUGCACUUGUGACUGAGAACUAUACUUCAAAAUCAGCAUCCAAGCAACAGUUUGACAAACCUACAACUGCGAAUAGUGUUUUGAUGACUCUCAAAUGUGAUACUCUGAAACUGAGAACCAGGGAACAGACUAACAUGUUAAGACCUGAAGAUAAUAUUUCUCCAGUCAUGGUGUCUGAGAAUGGUAUUUCAACAGCUGCUGAAGAAGGUGCUCCAGAACAUAGAUGCUUGCAGCAGAUUAACAGAUUAGAGUUUCAGGAUAAUGUUUCAGCAAUUGAGAAAGAAGACACAUUGAAACAUCAGUUUGAGCAGCAGCAACAAAUUAAUGUAACACUAUCUGAUGUUAAUGUUCCAGUAGUUGGCAAUGAAGACACUCCAAAACCUCAAACCAUGGAACAUAUUAACACCUCAGAACUUCAGGAUAAUGUUUCAUCUAGUGGUAAAGAAGACAUUCUAACACCUCAGUCUGAGGAGUGGAUUAACACAUUAUCUGAGGUUAAUAUUUCAAUCGUCAGUACUGGAUACACUCCAAAACGUCGAUCCAAACAACAGAUUGAUACGUCCAAAUCCGGCGAUGACGUUUCAGUUGUUUGCAAAGAAGACACUCCAAAACGUCGAUCCAAACAACAGAUUGAUACGUCCAAAUCCAGCGAUGACGUUUCAGUUGUUUGCAAAGAAGACACUCCAAAACGUCGAUCCAAACAACAGAUUGAUACGUCCAAAUCCAGCGAUGACGUUUCAGUUGUUUGCAAAGAAGACACUCCAAAACUUCGAUCCAAACAACAGAUCACAUAUGAGAGUGUUUCAACAGUUGGCAAAGAAGAUAAACCAACACUUCGAUCUAAGCGACUGACUAGCACAUCAAAAUCUGAGAAAUAUAUUUUGAAAGCUGGCAAAGAAUGCAUUCAGAAACCUCAAUGCAGGAAACAGGUUAAUACAUUAGUAACCAACAGUAAUGUUUUAAUACUCAAAAAUGAAGAAACUCCAAAACUUCGAACCAGACAACAGUGUAACAGAUCAAAAUCUGUAGAUAAAGUGUCAAGAACUAGCAAAAGAGACAGUCUAAAGCCUAUAUCUAAGAAACAGAUUAAUAUGUCAUCCACAGUUAACGUUCCACCAUCCAUGAAUGAAGAUAGUGAUAAACGGCAAUCCAAGAAACACGUCAACACUUCAAAGUCUGAUGUGUGUGAAGGAGAUGGUUUGAAAUCUCAGUCUAAGCAGCAGAUUGACACAUCAGUAGUCGAGAGUAAUGCUUUGAUGGUAGACAGUGAAGGCAACCCAAAGCUGCAGUCAAGGCAGCCUGUAUCUGAAAAUAAUGUUAUAACAGGUAGCAGUGAAGGCAAUCCAAAACAGGAAUCCAAAAGGCAGAUUAACACUUCAGAAUUUGGCAAAGAAGACACUUCAAAGCCUCGACUGAAACAGCAGAUUAUUAACACAUCAGAGUUUGAGUGUAACGUUUCAAGAGUUGGUGAAAAAGAUUUCCCAAAGCCUCAGUCCAAACAUGAGGUGAAUGUUUCAAGUGUUGUCAAUGAAGACUCUACAGAACCUCAUUCCAAGCAACAGAUUAACAUAUCAGAUUCUGAAGGCAUUAUUUCAAGUGUUAGGAAAGAAGACAUUUUGAAGUACCAGUUCAAGACACAAAUUGAUGUAUCAGUAUUGAAGAAUGAUGUUUCAGCAGUCAGGAGUGAGGACACUCAGAAGCUGGAGUCCAGGCAACAAAUUAACACUUCGGACUCUGCGGAUAACAUUUCAGUAGUCGGCAGAGGAGACCCUCCGGUGCCUCAAUCCGACCACCAGAUUAACGCGUCAGUAUCCGAGUGUAAUGAAGAGGUUCGAAGACUUAGAUCAAAGCACCGACUUAGUACACCAAUAUCUGAGGCUUGUGUUUCAACAAAAAGAAAAUAUGGCAGUAUAAAACCUCAUCCUAAACAGGAGAUUAAUUCAUCAGCUUCAGAGGAUGGUGUAUUUCAGCAACAGAUUAACAUUUUAAAAUGUCAAGAUAAUGUAUUUACAGAUGUCAAAGGUGUUUUAAAACCUCCAUCCAAACAACAGAUUGAAACAUCUGAAUCUGAAACGUUUAUUUCGACAACCACCGAAGAAGACACUUCACUAUCUAAGUCAAAGCAACGGAUUGACAUGUCAGAAUCUGAAAUUACUCCUUUAAUUGCUGCUUCAAAAUCCACUUUCAAGCACCGUGUUAGUGGGUUGAAAUCAAAUAGUACUAUUGUGACUGAUCUCACGAAACAAUCUAAGCAGUCUGAAAAUGAAAAUGUGUCUGUCAUGAGAGAUGAUGCUCCAAAACCCAUAUUGAAACAAGAACUGGGGUCUUCAAAUGUUGAUGAAAGUAUAAAGAUUUGUCCUGUGGAUGACACCACAGAAUUAAGUUCCAAGUGUUCAGGUACAAAAAGGAAAGUUGACCAAGAUUCAGAAGUCGUAAGUGACGCGGAGAUACAGGGAAGUAAAAUUAUAUUCUCAUAUUCAGAAAAAGUGUUGGGUGAAGCGGAACUUGUGGAAGAUGAAGCACGGCGUUUGGUCACGCCAAAGUCUGUCACUAUCGACCAUUGCAAAGACAAGGGUAACAAAAAAAUUAAAGAGGAUAUUAUAUCCAAAUUGGACCAUAAAACGUCUGGUGCAGAUGAUAUUCUUAAAGCAUUUGCUCAGGAAAAAACAUCUGAUGACCAUUUUAUAGAUAUAUCAGAUAUAAAUAAAGCACUGGAGUCGAAUGACACAAAUAUUUCAGCGGUAGAUUCUAAAUUGGCCUCGCCGUUACGGCCUCGUAAGAGAUCGGCAAGUUCCAGUCGUGUGGCACUUGAAGUUUCUCUUGGACAAGUAGAUUCUAAUAUUAAUGACCAUGUUGAUACAGGAAUUUCCAAAACAAAGAGAUUAUCACACAAUGCUGAGAAUGUAAAUGAAGAAUCAGUCUGUGAUAGGAGUCCUGUUGGUACGCCAUCACAGUGUAACAAUACAUUAUCAGAUAACGAUAAAGCUUUGUUGCCCUCAUCUCCAAAGUCCUUACUCAGCAGUCCACGCUCAUUGCUUCGAGCAUUCUCUUCACCAUUAGGAAGCCUCGAGUCAAAUCAGACUCAGAAGAAUCAUCGUAAGCGCUCGACAGGAGGGCGGGCACAGUACAUGGUUGGUCUUGCAGUUGCCGUAAAUGACGUGGGAACUUCGCAAGCCUCGUCGCCUGUUGUCCCACAGAAAUCUGAAGAAAUCAGAAGCAUUGCUGCUACGCCACCACUUUCGAGCAGGAAACUUCCGUGUGGUGUGUCAGAUGCAGGCACUGAAUCUAGCUUAACACCUUUAGAGAGGCUGCAGUGUUCAGUUUCAGAAUGUGAGACUCCGUCACCAUCUUGCGUUUCCAGCCUUGCUGAAAUUCCCUAUAAACGGGUGCUGAAGCAGUCUGGUGAACAGGGUACCCCACCUUCUAAGAAAAAGCGGGUGUGGUUUCCUGAUCCUGAGGUAUCAGGCACAAGGUUGUUUUCCACACAUGACGCUGUGGAUAGUGCCUGUACAAGCAUGAGCAAACGACGCUCGCCGCAUUCUCCAACUAGGAUGCUACUUGGUAGGAGAAGAAAGGCGCGAACACAGUGUGCAGCGGUUAGCAUCGACACCGGUAUCCACGAUAAAAGCUCUGAUCCUGCCCUCUCGACCGCUACGACUCCGUAUGCAGAAGAAACUUCGCCACAGAGUCAAAGUUCGCCUGAUCUUACUGGUGUGACAUCACAGGGGUCAGUGGAAGAAACUGCCACAGAACUUUUGAACAGUCAAGAUGCUUUCUUCCCGGCGCUGAUCAACUGUAACCAUCCAAUUGAAUGCGUUGCGCCCCGUCUCACAACACAUGUCAUGUGGACAAAGGCAUUGGUUGUUGAGCUGACACGUAAAAACAUCCAUACUAUCGGUGAUCUGAGCCGGUUGGAUGAAGCUAGUAUUAACAGACUUCCGAUAGCUAAUCCAAAGAUAUCUCAUGCCAAGACAAUUCUUCAGGACUACGUGAAGUCACUAGAAGUUGAAAGUGAUAGGUCGCCAAGUAUAAUCAGUAAAGGUGGUGUAAGUAGAAGCGAAGAUGCUCACCUGGAGCCUGAGUCUGUACUGUCAUCACCAUCGCCGUCCGUGAGUACAGCUGAUGUCGUCAAGUUCUUUGUUACAAACGAAGGAAGUUUAGCAACGGUGUUGGAAGAAGCAAGUAAGGUGGGUCAUUGUAGUCGGAGGCUGCAUCAAGAAGUCUUAAGUGUGUUGAAAGGCAGUAAUAGUCUUGCAAACAGCACUGCAGAAGUAAUGGAGGAAAGUGUCAGUGACGUUGUGGCCAGAUUUGGACGUGGCGCCGUCUUGGACCAUAUUAUGAAUUCAGAUGGUUUAGACAAAUUUUUUGGUGAGUUGCCCAAAGUGGAGGUAAUAAAGUAUUUUGUGAAACAUGAUCCUGAUGGACUCUGUAAAAUAUUGAGUGAGAGCUCAGCCCCGUCCAAUAAGACUUGGCAAGGUCAUUUAUAUCGUCAGCUCGCUUCUGGCCAGCCGUGCCACAAAGAACUUUUCGACGCGUUGCUGUCUGCAGACCGUAACAAUACGCUCUUGAGCUCCAUGCAGUCCUUCAUCAUGCUGAAAAGAUCUACAGAAGAAAUUCUUCAGAAGAUGCCAGUGGAGAGUGUAAUGCAGUAUGCAACAUCCGGUUUGAGUCUCAUGGACAAAAUCGGUCUCUGCGUAGAUGCUAUGUCACACGACACAUCCGCAGAGGUUCCUGUCGGUCACUGCCAGAAGCUUGUUGAAGCUGUAGCAAAGAAAGUAUCCCAGAGGGAAUUUACAACAAUAUAUUACAAUGUUGUAAUGGAUAAUUUGAGUUAAAAAUUAAUUCCAUUUUUAAGUAACCUGAUGUACAGUCUACCGCAGAUGUAGCGUUGUUUAAUUCGCGUAUCGCUGUGCAUUUUGGCACAUGACUAUAAUUUGCUGGUGCAUCUUCUCUGAAUUACUGCUUCAGUUGAGUGUUUUUAAAUUAACACUGCAAUAAACUUACGUUCAAUUAAGAACCAUAUAUAACGUGUUAACCUUACCCUCGUGUUAUAUUAACAUUUUAGUAAAAGCUGCUUGCUAGAAGUUUUCUUCCCAUUAUAUCAAGUUUAUUUUAUUCUAAUUGGCCUUGGACCUUGUGUACGAUUUCAUCUGUCGCAGCAGUUCCUCUUUAACCUUACGUGGCUCUUAAUUGAAUGUUUUAGCCAAAAGUGAAUUUUAACAAAACUUUGACUGCAGAUGAAACAUGAAUUCACACUGGAUAUGAAAAUUAUGUCCACAAAUUAAAUGAUGGCUGAGAAAAGUUUCACAUUUCUUGCUGCAACCACCGUUUCACAUUUAUAAAAGUGUGGUACGUUGGUUGUUACAACAUCUGCAUUUUACAUUGAGAUGAAAUGUUUAAGACUUGAUAUUUUAUUUUAUUUAAUUUUCUUUGUGUAUAAGAAAUAUCUUGCAACUUGUUAAUACUGUUCUCAUGUAACAGUGGAGUUAUGUUACUAAAUCGUGAAGAUUCUCACUCGAGAAAUGUUAGCGGCUUUCACACGUGAAACCUUAUGCCAAAUUAACGCUGUUUUCAGUUGUUUGAUCCUUGCCCCAAUUAUCACCUUCAUUAUCUCUGUUCAUGUAUUUGAUUUGUAGUAUCAUUAAAAUUGUGCCGUUUCAGAACUUUUUUUAUAUUUUCCCGUCUGAAUCUGCAUGACUUACGUCUUCCUGCACGCACAAAGUUUAGUCGCCUACAGAUAUGCUGUGGAAAUGCGUAUUUCAUUUUGUGAGAGCGCUUUACGUACGCAGCACUGAUGGCACGUUUGUCGUUGACAUUGUCCAGAUUUAUGGCCGGGGGUUGACUGAUUUCUACUCGCUAACCGUACUUUUAGCAUUCAUUUGAAAUGCGUGAUGGACGCCAUGACAGCCUGGUGCUUUGAACGUAUCGUACCGUUUGCAACUUUGACGGUGGCCACUUCUUCGAGGCUGUAUCGUGUACACCGGCUUACAUAGUGCGACCCGUCGGCUGCCCCCUUCUCCUUUCUUACAAGCUUCCUUCUUGCACGUCAAACAUUACAUUUAGUCUGAGACCCUUUUUGUUAUAUAAUUAUUUUAGUAAAUUUAGAAACUUAGUAUUUGUUUUAUAGAAGAAAUGGAGAAACAGAAAUGUGAAUUUUUAUGAUGUCCCGUCAGAGAAGGCGGAUAACAACAAAGUUACAUCGUAUUGUGACUCUGUGGAUUUUACCCAGUUUCAGAUAUUGUACUUUGCCUUCCAAUAAUAAAUUAUGGAAAUAAACAUUCAAAGAUAUUCUUCAUGUAUUGAUACUCAAUGUGGAUCUUUUUGUACUUUUUGUAAAUAAAUAUAGCGGCAGUAACAGUAAUGUCACUGGAACAAAA